AUGCCCCCGAAGGCUGCUGACAAGAAGCCCGCCUCCAAGGCGCCCGCCACUGCCUCCAAGGCUCCCGAGAAGAAGGAUGCCGGCAAGAAGACUGCCGCUUCCGGUGACAAGAAGAAGCGCACCAAGGCUCGCAAGGAGACCUACUCCUCCUACAUCUACAAGGUCCUCAAGCAGGUCCACCCCGACACUGGUAUCUCCAACCGUGCCAUGUCGAUCCUGAACUCGUUUGUCAACGACAUUUUCGAGCGCGUCGCCACCGAGGCUUCCAAGCUGGCUGCCUACAACAAGAAGUCCACCAUCUCCUCCCGCGAGAUUCAGACCUCUGUCCGCCUGAUCCUGCCUGGUGAGCUGGCCAAGCACGCUGUUUCUGAGGGUACCAAGGCCGUCACCAAGUACUCUUCAUCCACGAAAUAA